CCUCUAGUCGGUCGAUUCGUCACGCGCAAAGGCUGUAGGGAAAAGUCGUCGGCUGUUCUCCUCCAUCUUUCUGCAAGGGCAGAACAGUCGAAAUGGCUCUACUCUCCAUCCGUUUAGCCGCUGCUGUGGCGAAACAUUUGCCUGCGGCUACGCCUCAGAUAAGUGGUUUAACAUGGCCUGCAGCACAGAUAACAAACCGCAACAUCCAUGUUUCAUGCAGUCAGCGUGCUGCGGAAAUAUCCUCAAUUUUGGAGGAGAGGAUACUUGGUGCUGCUCCAAAGGCUGAUUUAGAAGAAACGGGGAGAGUCUUGAGUAUUGGAGAUGGUAUUGCUCGAGUCUAUGGUCUCAAAAAUAUACAGGCCGACGAGAUGGUGGAAUUCUCUUCGGGUUUGAAGGGUAUGGCCCUGAACUUGGAACCAGAUAAUGUUGGUGUUGUGGUAUUCGGUAAUGACAGGCUUAUAAAGGAAGGAGACAUCGUUAAACGAACGGGUGCCAUUGUAGAUGUACCUGUUGGAGAGGAACUAUUAGGACGUGUUGUGGAUGCUUUGGGAAAUCCCAUUGAUGGCAGAGGGCCAUUGAAGGCCUCAAAGAGGUUGAGAGUUGGAAUCAAGGCUCCAGGAAUCAUUCCUCGUAUCUCUGUGAGGGAACCUAUGCAGACAGGAAUUAAAGCUGUAGAUUCUCUGGUGCCUAUUGGGAGGGGUCAGCGAGAACUGAUUAUUGGAGACAGGCAGACUGGCAAAACAGCCUUGGCUAUUGACACAAUUAUAAACCAGAAACGAUUCAAUGAUGGCGAAGAUGAGAAAAAGAAAUUGUACUGUAUUUAUGUGGCUAUUGGUCAGAAAAGAUCAACUGUCGCUCAGAUUGUGAAGAGGCUGACAGAUUCAGGUGCUAUUGGUUAUUCAGUCAUUGUAUCUGCUACCGCAUCUGAUGCUGCACCUCUGCAGUAUUUGGCACCAUAUUCAGGAUGUGCUAUGGGAGAAUUCUUCCGUGACAAUGGAAAGCAUGCAUUGAUUAUCUAUGAUGAUCUGUCAAAGCAGGCUGUAGCCUAUAGACAGAUGUCUUUGCUGCUGCGGCGACCACCUGGCCGUGAAGCCUAUCCUGGUGAUGUGUUCUACCUACAUUCGAGGUUAUUGGAGAGAGCUGCCAAAAUGAAUGAUGCGCAUGGUGGAGGCUCACUUACUGCUUUGCCUGUCAUUGAGACACAGGCAGGAGAUGUGUCCGCAUACAUUCCAACAAAUGUGAUUUCGAUAACAGAUGGUCAGAUAUUCUUGGAAACUGAGUUGUUUUACAAGGGUAUCCGGCCAGCAAUCAAUGUAGGGUUGUCUGUGUCUCGUGUAGGCUCAGCUGCUCAGACAAGAGCAAUGAAACAGGUUGCUGGUUCCAUGAAGCUGGAAUUGGCUCAGUACCGAGAGGUUGCAGCUUUUGCCCAGUUCGGUUCAGAUCUGGAUGCUGCAACUCAGCAACUGCUGAACAGGGGUGUGAGGUUAACGGAGCUUCUGAAACAGGGACAAUAUGUUCCAAUGGCAAUUGAGGAACAAGUUGCAGUUAUUUACUGUGGAGUGAGAGGUCACCUUGACAAACUGGACCCCUCAAAAAUCACUGCCUUUGAAAAGGAGUUCUUGCAACACAUAAAGGCAACUGAAUCUGCAUUGUUGGCCAACAUUGCAAAGGAAGGGAAGAUCACUGAUGAGAUUGAUGUAAAACUGAAGAAAAUUGUGACAGAUUUUGUUGCUAACUUUCAGGGUUGAAACCCUGUAAGACUGUAGGCAAAAACAUUAUUUAAAAAUCUUGUGCAGCAUUUAGGUGUGAGAAACUGUGAGAAAGUGCCAGCUUUAUAUAUUUAAACUGAUUUUUUCAGUUGGAGUAUUGUGUACCUGUGGAAUUAGAAUACUGCCACUGUAAAGUAAUUGUUUCAUUGUUAAUAAAAUUUACUUCCCCUAAA